GAACUCAUUUUAUUGGAUAGAUCCUCAUUCCAAAGUAUGCCUCAGCCAAUCAGAUGCGUUUGCGUUACAAUGGCACUAGAAACAAUAAUAUAAAACUGAUGUAGACAUUUCUGCGCACACUAGAACUAGCUCUCUACAAACCUCGGCGAGCUGUUCGAGUCGUGGCAAAAGCAGCAAGUUACCUUUUCGAUUUUUCUUAGUGUUCGUGAGUAAACAACCGUAACCAUGUCGACUGACUGGUCACAGGACCCGGACUUUAAGUACCUGGCGGUAGAUCGUAUGAAGGUGAUGAAGGAGCAGACCGCGGUUUUUGAUGGCAAGAAAGCUUGUUGGAUUCCAGAUGAAAAGGAAGGCUUCAUCCGUGCUGAUAUUGUCUCAUCUAAGGGUGAUGAUAUCACAGUGAAAGUUUUGGCUUCUGGUCAGAAUGCUACUGUUAAAAAAGAUGGCCUCCAGCAGGUCAACCCACCUAAGUUCGAGAUGACAGAUGACAUGGCCAACAUGACCUACUUGAACGAAGCCUCUGUGUUGAACAACUUGAGACAGAGAUACUUCAACGGAUUUAUCUAUACAUACUCUGGUCUUUUCUGCGUCGCUGUGAACCCCUACCGUCGUCUGCCAAUCUACCUGGACUCCAUCAUCUCCAAGUACCGUGGCAAGAGGAAGUUGGAAAUGCCACCCCACUUGUUCUCCGUGUCUGAUAACGCUUUCCAGUUCAUGUUGCAAGAUCGCGAAAACCAGUCUAUGUUGAUCACUGGUGAGUCUGGUGCCGGUAAGACUGAGAACACAAAGAAAGUAAUCAUGUACUUCGCCAAGGUCGCCGCUCAACUCCAGAAACAGACAGAGGAAGAGAAGGCAGCCGCCGCGGCCUCCAAGAAGGGUACCCUUGAGGAUCAGAUUGUGCAGGCUAACCCUGUACUUGAGGCUUACGGUAACGCCAAGACAACCCGUAACAACAACUCCUCUAGAUUCGGUAAAUUUAUCCGUAUCCACUUUGGUCCUACUGGAAAAAUCGCUGGAGCCGAUAUCGAGACUUACCUGUUGGAGAAGUCUCGUGUAACAUACCAGCAAUCGGCUGAGAGAAAUUACCACAUCUUCUACCAGAUAUUGACAAAUGCAAUUCCAAAAUACCACGAAAUGUGUUUGGUUCAACCUGACGCAGGCCUGUAUUCGUUCAUCAAUCAAGGUGUAUUGACUGUUGAUGGUAUCGAUGACGUAGAGGAAAUGAAAUUGACAGAUGAUGCCUAUGACGUGUUGGGCUUCACCCAGGACGAGAAGAACAGUUUGUACAAAAUCACUGCCGCUGUCUUACACGCCGGCGAGAUGAAAUGGAAACAACAUCCAAGAGAAGAACAGGCUGAAGCUGAUGGCACUGCUGAGGCCGAAAAGGUUGCUUUCCUGUUCGGUGUGAACAGCGGAGAUUUGCUUAAGGGCUUCUUAAAACCAAAGAUCAAGGUCGGCACAGAAUUUGUCACUCAAGGUCGUAACAAAGAUCAGGUGACCUACUCGGUCAGUGCUUUGGCCAAGUCUACCUACGCUCGUAUGUUUGACUGGCUGGUCAAGAGAGUCAAUUUGACCCUUGAUACCAAAGCAAAGAGAAACUAUUACAUUGGUGUAUUGGACAUUGCUGGUUUCGAAAUUUUUGACUUCAAUAGUUUUGAGCAAUUGUGUAUCAACUACACCAAUGAAAGACUCCAGCAGUUCUUCAACCAUCACAUGUUCGUACUGGAACAGGAAGAAUACAAGAAAGAAGGUAUCCAGUGGGAAUUCAUCGACUUCGGUAUGGACUUGCAGGCCUGCAUCGAUCUUAUUGAAAAGCCUAUGGGUAUCUUGUCCAUCCUUGAAGAAGAAUGCAUGUUCCCCAAGGCCUCUGACAAGACCUUCGAGGAGAAACUUAUGAUCAACCAUCUUGGUAAGACCAAGAGUUUCCAAAAGCCUAUAAAGAGCCGAAAAGGUGGUGCCAACGCCCACUUUGAGUUGGGUCACUACGCUGGUGCUGUUCCUUACAAUCUCACCAACUGGCUGGAGAAAAAUAAGGAUCCAGUUAACGAGACUGUUGUUGGAAUUCUUGGUGAAUCAAAGGAAGCUCUUGUAGCCAGUCUCUUUGCUGCUCCUGCUGCACCCGAAGGUGGUGGUGGUGGCAAGAAGAAGGGGAAAUCAUCUGCUUUCCAGACCAUCUCCGCUGUACACAGGGAAUCUCUGAACAAGCUGAUGAAGAACUUGUACACCACUCACCCCCACUUUGUACGUUGCAUCAUUCCUAACGAGACCAAGUCUCCAGGUGUCAUUGAUGCCGCUCUUGUACUCAAUCAGCUUCAGUGUAACGGUGUACUUGAAGGUAUCCGUAUCUGUAGAAAGGGAUUCCCAAGCAGAGUAGUUUAUGGUGAAUUCAAACAAAGAUACUCUAUACUGGCUCCAAACGCUGUUCCACAAGGAUUUGUUGAAGGUAAAUUGGUCACAGAAAAGAUUUUGGAAGCCCUUCAGAUGGAUGUUAACGAGUACAAGAUCGGUAACACCAAAGUGUUCUUCAAAGCUGGUGUGUUAGGUAUGCUUGAAGAUAUGCGUGACGAACGUCUCUCUAAGAUUGUGUCACUCUUCCAGGCCUGGAUCAGAGGUUAUCUUAUGCGCAAACAGUAUAAGAAACUGCAAGACCAGAGGACUGGUCUUUCAAGAAUUCAGAGAAACAUCCGUAAGUACAUGAUAUUGAAGAACUGGCAAUGGUGGAAAUUGUACACAAAGGUUAAGCCACUUCUAAGUGCUGCCCGCGCUGAAGAUGAAAUGAAAAUGAUGGAAGAAGAAUUCAAGAAAUGCAAGGAAGAGUUGGCCAAGGUCGAGAAACAAAAGAAAGAACUUGAAGAACAAAAUGUUGGUUUAAGAAGACAAAAAGAUGAUAUGUAUUUCCAAAUGCAGGCAGAACAGGAUACCAUGGGUGACUAUGAGGAGAAGAUGGAAAAUCUCAUUAAAGAAAAGGCAGAAUAUCAGGCACAAAUAAAAGACCUAGAAGAAAGGUGCAUGGAUGAAGAAGAAGCCGGAGCAGAACUUCAAGCUGUUAGGAAAAAAUUAGAAGAAGAAGGCGAACAACUCAGGUCUUCAAUCAAAGAACUUGAAGGUACUCUAGCUAAAGCAGAACAUGACAAGACAACUAAAGACAAUCAAAUAAAAACACUGCAAAGUGAAAUGGCCCAACAAGAUGACCAGAUUGGUAAAUUGAACAAGGAUAAAAAGAACCUCGAGGAUAAUCUGAAGAAAACAGAAGGUGCUCUUGCUGCUGAGGAAGAAAAGAAUAAUAAUCUUAAUAAGCUUAAACAGAAGCUUGAGAGCACACUUGAUGAGCUGGAGGAUAACUUGGAGCGUGAAAGAAAGGUUCGUGCAGAUGUCGAAAAGGCCAAAAAGAAACUAGAGUCGGAUCUUAAAUCAUCACAAGACAAUGUAGAGGAACUUGAACGUCUUAAGGGUGAACUUGAAGGCAAUAUCAAAAAGAAGGAAGCUGAAAAUAAAGCUCUUAGCUCAAAACUCGAGGAUGAGCAAAACUUGGUCGCUCAACUCCAAAGAAAGAUCAAAGAACUUCAGGCUCGCAUUGAAGAACUCGAAGAAGAGCUUGAGAAUGAGAGACAAGCUAGAUCAAAGGUUGAGAAACAGAGAGUUGAACUUUCCCGCGAGCUUGAUGAUCUAAAUGAUCGCUUGGAGGAAGCUGGUGGCGCCACUGCCGCUCAACUUGAACUGAACAAGAAGCGUGAAGCUGAACUGUUGAAGCUUCGACGUGAAAUGGAAGAACAAAGUCUUCAGGCAGAGUCUCAGAUCAACUCACUUCGCAAGAAAGCUAACGAUACAGCUGCUGAAAUGGCAAACCAGGUUGAUCAACUUACAAAGACCAAACAGAGAGUUGAAAAGGAAAAGAUGCAGCUAAAGUCUGAAAUUGACGAUCUUCGUACGCAAAUAGACCAUGUUUCUAAAAACAGAGGUAUGUCUGAGAAAAUGUCAAAACAAGUUGAAUCACAAAUCUCCGACCUCAGUCUCCAAAUUGAAGAAAGCAAAAUCAGUUAUCAGGAAGUCAGUUCUGUGAAAGUGAGAUUACAAGCCGAAAACUCCGAAUUCACUCGCCAGAUAGAAGAAUCUGAAAGCAGAUUAAACCAACUGUCUAGAGAAAAACACAACUACAUCACACAACUUGAGGAGGCUAGACAUGCUCUUGACGACGAAAGCAGGGCUCGCCAAAAGUUUGCCACUGAAGUCAGGCAUCUCCAAGCCGAUCUUAACUCUCUCCGUGAACAAUUUGAAGAGGAAUCUGAGGCUAAGAAUGAUUUACAGAGACAACUGUCUAAAGCACAUACCGAGGCCCAACAAUGGCGUGUUAAGUAUGAAACAGACGGUAUGGCUCGUGCUGAUGAACUUGAAGAAAGUAAGCGCAAGCUUCAAGUCAGACUUCAGGAGGUUGAGGCAGCACUUGAGGUCGCAAAUACUAAGGUGUCAAGUCUAGAAAAGGUCAAAGCUAGACAGCAAGUUGAACUUGAAGACGCUGUAGCAAACUACGACAGAGCUAAUGCAACUGUUACACAACUUGAAAAGAGAAGCCGAUCCUUCGACAAAGUGGUUGCUGAAUGGCAAGCAAAAUACCGCACCAUACAGAUAGAAUUUGAAACAGUCCAGAAAGAGUCUCGAGGAUAUUCAGCUGAAUUGUAUCGCAUCACAUGUCAGCUUGUGGAAUCAAAUGAUGCUAAUGAAGUAUUAAAAAGGGAAAACAAAACUCUGUCCACUGAAAUUCAUGACUUAAACGACCAGGUUAUAGAUCUUGGAAGAAUCGUACAAGAACACGACAAAGCUCGUCGCCGUCUUGAAUUAGAAAAAGAAGAACUUCAAGCUGCCCUAGAAGAAGCUGAAAGUGCCCUUGAACAGGAAGAAGCUAAGGUUGCCAGAGUUCAGCUUGAAAUCGUUUCCAUUAGGCAAGAAAUUGACAAGCGCAUUGCUGAGAAGGAGGAAGAAUUUGAAAACACAAGACGUAAUCAUCAACGAUCUCUUGAAUCAGUAAAUGCAAGCCUUGAAGCUGAAGUUAAGGCAAAGGUAGAGGCCCUGAGAAUACGCAAAAAGCUAGAGCAAGAUAUCAAUGAGCUCGAAUCUUCACUUGAUCUUAGCAAUCGCUCAAGGGCAGAUGCCGAAAAGAACGUGAAGAGGCUCCAAGAAUUGCUUAGAGAGAUGCAGGCGGCACUUGAGGAGGAGCAGCGCAAGGUCAGCGAAGCACGUGAAGCUUUUGAAAUUGCUGAGAGACGAACACACUCUGUUCAGGUUGAAUGUGAAGAAAUGAGAAACCAUCUUGAGACGGCCGAAAGGUCACGCAAGGUUGUAGAAAAUGAGCUAGUUGAAACAUCCGAUCGCGUGAAUGAAUUAACAGCUGCUCUUCAGUCUAUUGAGAGCCAAAAAAGAAAGAUUGAAGGCGACUUCGCCGCUAUACAAGCAGAUAUGGACGACAUGAGUAAUGAGGUGAAAUCUGCUGAUGAUAGAGCUAAAAAGGCAUCUCUAGAUGUUCAACGACUGACUGAAGAACUACGUUCUGAAAAGGAUCAUGGUUCAGCUCUUAUAAAGAUUCGUCAAUCUCUUGAAUCUCAAGUGAAAGACCUCACAGGUCGUCUUGAUGAAGCUGAAACAGCAUCUUUGAAGUCUGGACAGAAGGCAGUUGCAAAGCUGGAAAUAAGGGUUCAGCAAUUGGAAAGUGAAUAUGAAGCUGAGCAGAGACGUCAUGUUGAAACUCAAAAGAACGCACGAAAGGCCGACCGACGCUUGAAAGAAUUGGCAUACCAAGUUGAGGAGGACAGGAAGAGCGCGGAAAUAUUACAAGAUCUUGUUGAUAAACUUCAGACAAAGAUUAAGACAUACAAACGCCAAGCUGAAGAAGCAGAGGAGGUCGCAGCUAUUAAUCUCGCCAAGUUCCGUAAGGUUGCCGAAGAGCUUGAGGACGCUGAGUCACGUGCUGACUCCGCUGAAAACAUGGUGUCUAAAUUCAGGGUACAGAGUAGAAGUUUCUCUGCAGCUGCAGCCACAGGCAGUAGUAGCCAUACUGUUAUCAAGACAUCAUUCACCAGCGCAGAAAUGUAAACAAUUUUUACACUUAGAGGAAAAUAGCUAUGUUGCCCACAGCUUGACCCUUGACCUGUGCAAUCACUUCGUCUUGUGAGGGUGAUGACAUUAAAUGCCUGGAGAAAACGGCAAACCAGUUGUAGAGUCUGUUUCCAUGACUACACUCCUGUAUUCUCGUGUUAUGAACUUGUGUUAUUUUUUACUUAUAUUAACAUAGAAAACAAGUGUUAUCAGUGGAAUAGUUUAAAAUAUUGUGGUUUUGGACUGUUUUAACAGGUACAUUACGUAACAAGUUGUUUGGAAGGUACAGACAGACAAACAGACACUUGAUAAGAUCCUAUAAUAGGAUCGUCAAUGAUCCCUCAUUGGGCGAAGAACUAGCUGUAGAAUAUUAUAUGUAGUUGUAAAGUUUGUGAUAAAAUUUGUAGUUGUGUAUUUGCUCGUCAACUGUUUCUGUAUUGCUAGCAUGGUAUUAAAAAAAUAAUGAAAUGUACAAGAAAACGAA